UCGGCCCGGGCAAGAUGGCGGCCCCCUUGGAGCUCAGUUGCUGGGGAGGCGGCUGGGGGCUCCCAUCCAUCCACAGCGAGUCCCUGGUGGUGAUGGCUUAUGCCAAAUUUUCUGGUGCACCCUUGAAAGUCAGUUUCAUAGAUAACACCUGGAGAGGUUCAAGAGGUGAUGUACCAAUUUUGACAACUGAAGACAACACUGUUUCUCAGCCCGCAAAAAUACUAAACUUUUUAAGAAAACAGAAAUAUAAUGCUGAUUAUGAACUCUCAGCAAAGCAAGGGGCAGAUACACUGGCUUACAUUGCUCUCCUUGAAGAGAAGCUACUCCCUGCUGUGCUUCACACAUUCUGGGUUGAGAGUGACAAUUACUUUACUGUAACAAAGCCAUGGUUUGCUUCACGAAUUCCUUUCCCCUUGAGUUUGAUUCUGCCUGGAAGGAUGUCCAGGGGGGCACUGAAUAGAAUUCUCCUAACCAGAGGAGAGCCUCCCCUCUACCGUGUGCAAGAAGUGGAAGCUCAGAUAUACAGAGAUGCCAAGGAGUGCCUAAAUCUUCUGUCAAACAGAUUGGGAACAUCUCAGUUUUUCUUUGGAGAUACGCCUUCUACCUUGGAUGCUUAUGUGUUUGGUUUUCUUGCACCUCUUUACAAAGUACAGUUUCCUAAAGUCCAGUUACAAGAACAUCUGAAACAGCUCUCCAACCUGUGUCGCUUUUGUGAUGAUAUUCUAGACAGCUACUUUAGGCUUAGUCUUGGAGGCAUCUCUCCAGCUGGACAAGAAACGGUAGAUGCAAAUCUACAGAAACUCACACAACUUGUAAAUAAGGAAUCCAAUUUGAUUGAAAAGAUGGAUGACAAUCUUCGCCAAAGCCCUCAGCUUCCUCCUCGGAAACUGCCAACACUCAAAUUGACUCCAGCUGAAGAAGAAAGUAAUUCCUUACAACGGCUCUCACCCUGACAGUGGUCAUGCUUUGUCAUCAAAGUCAUGAUUGUUUUGGUAAUCUCUUAUACCCACUGUGUGAAGGCAAAAGGGAAAUACCAUUGCUAGGUAUAAGGAAGACUCUAAAACAGAGGGAACUUUCUAUGACAUCUAUACAUAUUUUUUAAUUAGGAGGCUUGUAUUCUAGCUUGGCAGUGCAUUUUAAAUAAAGGUGAAUGCUUAAUGAACUUUGUGGGGGAAGGGGAAACACAUUGUACUGUAUAUAAAAAAAAAAAAAAAAAAAAAAAACCCUGCCUUAAUCUUGGCAGAUUUUUGCUUUUGGUUCACAUGUUGCUGACCAAAAACUACAAUUCUGUUCUGAAUGUGCAUUCUUAAUUUAUUCAAGUUAACUUAUUCAAUUUAUUAACUUAUUUACUUCUUAGAUCUGUCUGAGUACAUAAUAUGUGGCUCUUUGAGACUUUUUUCUUUAGUUUAGAAAUCUGAUGCCUAUUUUAGGAAGUAGGAAAAAUAUAAAUUACUUUAACAGAAAAGCCUGUAUUUAACUUUAAAAAGCAAUGAGGAAUGUGCUUUUAAACUAUGCUCUCAUUAGUCUAAUCUUCUGAGGGUUUAGUACCACAUAUAUAAAUAUUAAAUGUGGUUAGAUAUGAUCUGAUGAUCUGCACUUCAAUAUAACAUUAGUAUUUGCUGCUGUGUUCAGUGUAGGUUAGCACGGGCUCUUUGAGUUUGCUGGGUGGAUAUAGCAGCUUUAGACCUAUUUAUUUCUAGCACAUCUUUAAUCAUUCCUGUAUUGAGUCCAGGAGAACUGAAUACAUUGGUCAUUGUUUUAUGUUAGACUGUGAAAUCCUAGUGAAAUUUGCCCAAUUGUCAGACACUACUCAGGAGGAGCCCAUAGCCCAGGUAAUAGAAAUACCCACUGUGCAUCUGGUCCGAAUUCUCCAUUCUUAACUCAGACCAGUAUUCUUUCAUAAGAAGCAUAUCAUGUAGUCACAAACUUUCUGACAACCAAUUAUUUUCUGUAUAUUUUAAAUAUAGUUGAAGGAUCCAAAGGAAUAAUCAGAAAUAGCAGCUUUUUAAGACCAUUUUCUAUUUAUUAGUUGCUGAACUGUUCCAGGAUUUGUUGUGUGGUAAUUUUACUUAUAACAGAAAUUUGCUUAUUUUAGUGGUUGAGGUGCUUCUGUUGUCCUAAAACCACUUCUGGGGUUUUAAAUUAUAGGACCAUGUAUUUGAUUAGUGUCUUAAAAGAUUACUAUGGUGCUCAGUGAAUCUUAUCAAGUCCUGAAGAAACCCAUAUGUUAAGAAAAUGAACUUUGUUGUCCAGAGACUCGGCUAAUUUGAGUUGAGUAGAACUCAGCUGCGUUUGACCGACAUCCUUCCCAAUUCAUUUUGUCUUUAGCUAUUUAUACAGGAGUCUUUAAGUCAUUGUAAACAUUUUUUUUCUUUAAAGUUGUAACUAAAUGAGAAACAAGGUAAUCUUCCAAAUUAUGUUGAUCUGUUUGGAUGCAUUUAGGGAAAAUACCUAAUGAUUUUCACAUUACUUCUACAGCAGAGGUGUGUGUGUCUUCAAAGGGAGGUUAUUAGACUCUAGCAAUCUGAAAUAUGUAUGAAUAUUUUAUAUGCAAUAUCAUGAUCAUGAGACUGUUGUUCUCUAGGAUUGAUGUAUAUUGAAAAAGAGUGGUUCAGCACAUUAAUCAGACAUCUGUUUAUGCUUUAGUCAGGGUUAGUCAUUUUCAAUUAUGAUUUAUAAUUAAGCCUUUCAAAAAGCAUUAGAAAUGGCUUACAAUUGUAAGACACAUGUAAAACAGGACAGUUAAAAUUAUUUUUUGAAAAAAUAAAAAAUUUGUAGAAAAAAGAACUGUUUUGGCACUAAUAGAUUGUAACAUUGAAUGGUAAAUUUAACUUCAAGUUUCUCCAUGGGUGAAGUCAAAAGUUAAUGCUGGGUUAAUAAGUUCUUCUUUCAAUAAGAUUACUAAUGUCCAUGUGGAAGAAAAAUGUGUUUAAACAUUUAUGAGAAUGUAGGCGAUCAUGUUCUUACAGUAUACAGACUUCAACCAAGAAGUGUACUGUAAUAUUUUAUGUGUUUAAAUUUUCAUCAAAGUGGUCAUUUUAGUAUAAUAAGUAGUUGUCCUUUUUAGUAGAGAGGAUGACUGUAAAUAUGAUUUAUUUGCUGUUUGGUCAUCCCUGCUUUGAACUGCCUGUGGCCUUAUAUAAUCUAUUAUGCUUCCAGACUAUUACCUUUCCUAACAGGCAAAAUAUGAUUUAAUAAUUAAGAAUUUAUAUGUUGGGUUAUUUAAUUUAGCUAGCUUUCUAUAAGCAAACAAGAUGAUAGAAAGCUAUAUCUGAGCAUAAUAUACUUUAGGGGCCAGACAAACAUGGGAAACUCUUGGAACAAUUUUUUAGCAUGGACAGAGAGCCUUCCUGUUCAGGAUAUAUUUUGAAUAAAGUAUAAGUUUUCUGGGAAAAAUGGUGAGCCACUGUAUUUUGGAGGUGAUGGUGGAGGAUAAUAUGAUAAAAGGGAAUAUGCUUAUGUUUAAUUUUGGUAGUAACGCAGGAUUAGAAAAAGUGGUUAGAUAAUUCCCAGAAGUUGAUGACCCUCGAUCAAAAAACUUCAUAGUCCAUCCGUAACAUGGAUUACUUAAACAACACCAAAGAAACUGCAAAGGACAUUAAAGAUAAUCAUUUCUCCAAAAAUAUUUUUAAACUUCACAAAAGGUUGGCAUUAACAAAUCAAAUUUCAAUAUAGAUAUGCUUGCAUUAUUUUUUGAGUACUAGAAGAUUAGAGAUUUUACAAAAGCAAGCAUUUUUAAUUCCAUUUGUAAUUUCUGUCUACUUCAUAUUUGGGAUACAUGAAGAAACAGGAAGGCUUAUUUCAAUAAGAGAUAAAUUAAAAUUUUUGGAAGUCUGUAAAAUGGGAAAAACUUAAAAGAGGCAGAAACUGGUCACAGUGAUGUUAUCUUAGAAAAUAAAUUUGUUCAGUUAGUUUCAUGUGAUGAAUUUGAUAUUUGAAUUUGGAAGUUUCCUUAGAGCUUCCUCCAAAAAUAUGCAUUUAUUAGGUCUGUUAGAUUUUGGGGGGCCUAAUUUCCUAAGCUAUCAGUAAUCUUAACCCUUUUAAAGCCAAAAUAAAAUUGCUUAAAAAUAGACAGGAAGUUAAGUGAUAGGACAUGGACUAUCUCUGUUCUAUUUUUGCAACAUCUUCUAAGUCUAUUAUUAUUUCAGAAUUUUUUUAAAGUAGGUUCAGUAUAGUAAAUUCAUCACUAUUUACAUAAACUGUGAUUUAAAAUUCUGUGCUCCAAACGUAGUAUUUAGUUCCAGAUGAAUAACUACAUGAUAAAAAUUAAGAAAAAUUUUUAUUUCAUUCUUGGACUUAAGGAAGAAAACUCAGGUUUGUAACAAAUGCUUUUCAAAAGAUCUACUUUGCCUUACCAAAAGAGAAAAAAACAAUGACCUAAAACCAAGAAAUCCUUUUCCCUGUGCUAUCAAAAAUUCUAUGACUUUAUGUUUCUAAUUAUAUGUAUUUUUUUCUUGUGGUACCUCUGUUUGCAUUUGAGGAUAAAACAUUUUGAAGAGUUCUUUAGUCUCUUCAUGUGGAAGUUCUUUGUUUUCUAUUUGUUGUCCAGACACACAGCUUGCAAGAUGUGCACUUAAGACCACCUUACAUGAAGGAGUGACAGGUCUGUGUGCUUUUUGUUUUAAGGUCAAAGGGAGUUAGCAAUUGACUUUUUCUUGGUUUGGUUAUUUUUAUAAUUGAAAACCUGAGCAGGCAACAGAGAAAAUUUGGGAUGUGGUAAGAAUUUUUAUUUUUUGUCUUUAAAAAAAUUGGCUAUUGUUAAGCUCUGUGGAAUUCAUAUUUACUUUUUAAUAUGUCCAUAUUUGUUAAACAUAUUUUUAGAAAAACUUGUCCUUACAUGAAAUCAAAGAUAAAUAAAUAAUUCUGAAUAUUCUCAAAGUUUUAAUUGAGGUUUCAUUAGUUCUUCAAAAUGCUAAUUUUCACAGAGAUGUAGGUUUUUUGAUUUUGUUUUCAUUUUGUUUUUGUUUUAGAUUUUUGGUUUUAAGGAUUUCUGGUGUUAUUUCAUUGAAUAGGUUAUUCAUUCCUUUGGUUUGUAUUUCUGUGC